GGGAUGCUGCCGUUGAACUCCGACCUUUAGCGAAAGUGUCAGUGGCGAAAAUCAGGACGGACAAAGGAGAAAGCAACUCAAACAACAAAUACAGACGUUUUCUCCGUUUUGUUGCCGUGAAAUAGGGCUGACCUGUGGGUCUGCUGCGUGUGGACACCAUGGACAUCAACCUUCAGUCGCACCGCUUUUACUUCCCGCAGAUCUACUGUGCUGAGCCGGGGGCACAGCCACAGCUCACUGAGUUCAAAGUCAGUGAGCAGAGUAUCUGCCAGGCACGGGCCUCCGUCAUGGUCUACGAUGAUACCAGUAAGAAGUGGGUGCCCAUCAAGCCUGGACAGCAGGGAUUCAGCCGCAUCAACAUCUACCACAACACUGCCAACAACACCUUCAGAGUGGUGGGCGUCAAACUGCAGGACCAGCAGGUGGUUAUCAACUACUCCAUAGUGAAGGGCCUUAAGUACAACCAAGCCACACCGACCUUUCACCAGUGGCGGGAUGCCAGGCAGGUCUAUGGCCUCAACUUUGCCAGCAAGGAGGAGGCCACCACCUUCUCCAACGCCAUGCUCUUUGCCCUCAACGUUCUCAGUGCACAGGAUGGAGGUCCAGCUGUCCAGCGCCAAGUCCAGAAUGGACCAACUUCAGAUGAGAUAGAAGCUCAGAGAGCGAGGCAGAUAAUGGAGCAGCAGCAGCAGCAGAUGCAGGCACACAUGGAGCGGGAGCGACGGUCAUCCAACUCAGGUUCUCCUUUCCAAGGCCACCCUGCUGUGCUCUCAGUGGCCCCCCCUGUAGUACCUCCCCCAAUGAACAUGGGGGGUCCUCCUCCCCCUCCACCACCGCCAGGACCUCCGCCACCUUCAGCAGGUGCACCCCAGCCUCCUCUCCCGCCUCCACUUCCCAUUGGUGGAGGGAGUCACGGGGACGAGCCCCCCGCCCAGACGGGUCUUGCCGCUAUGAUUGCUGGAGCCAAACUGCGCCGCGUUCAAAGACCUGAGGACAGCUCUUCAAGCUCCAAAAACGAUGCCAACCGAACAAGUGGAGGAAGUGGAGGACUGAUGGAGGAGAUGAACGCUCUGUUGGCGCGAAGAAGGAAAGCAGCUUCAGAGAAGCCCGAGGACAGCCAAAAUGAUGACCCAAAUUCUCCGUCACCCAGCACCCGCAGUGGACAGAAUGCCACAGAUGGUGCAAAGAAGCCGUGGGACCGAGCUAACUCUGCAGACAGGUCAAUGGCUUCAAGGGUACGACCUGUUGGAGGUGGCAGUGACACAGACUCGUUAGACCUUGACAGAAUGAAACAGGAAAUCUUGGAAGAGGUGUUUCGUGAAUUGCACAAAGUGAAGGAUGAAAUCAUUGAUGCCAUUAGACAUGAACUCAGUCGAGUGAGCACGACAUAAUCUUUCAGAGUCACUCCCCGACAUGAAACACCUCUUUGAACCAUUGCCCCUGCAGCAACUGCUGUGGCCCUGAGGAGGAGGAGAAGUCAGGAAUGGAGGCCCAAACUGUGACAUCUACUCAUCCUGUUCAGCUGUGGUGUUGAAGCAACGCAGCAAUUUUGCUAUAACACCUCAGACAUGUCUGUGUAACAUUUGGUUUGUUCGCUUGGAGAGAAUGGGGCACACUCUCGCACUGAUUACUCGGAUUUCUUAACAUUUUCUGUUUGUUAGCCCUGUUCGCCACUCUGUCCUCGGCCUAAAGGAAAAUGGAUAAAAUUCAUAGGAUUUUGUUUGUUUUGCUUUUUUCACAAGUUUGUUUUAAACUUUUUUAUUAUUACUAUCAUUUUCAUUAUUAUUACUAUCAUUUUUAUGAUUGUCAAUGUAUUGUUAAUAAUAUGAGUAGUAGUAGUGUAGUGAGUACAAUGGUAAUAAUGAGGAAAUGAUAAUGAGAUUAUGAUAGUAAUGAUAAUGUUGAUCAUUAUUAUUGCACAUCAUUUUAUGUCAGCCUUUUGUAUUUUAUAUUGGUUGUUUUCAUUUGUUUUUGUUUUAGAUACAGUUGCAAGCACAUCCAAAAAAAAAAUGUUUCCUCAUCAUCUAACCUGGAACAUUUUUUAAAAGUUUUUUAUCCUUUUCGCCAACACAGCUGUGUGUGGAAACCAUGGCAGAAAAAAACGAUACCGAGGGUGGAAUAAACUUUGGAUAUUGCAAUCUUAUAAACAAAAAAAAUUAAAUAAUACACCAGAGUAUUUGUGAUCAUGUUGUUAAUAAAAUGUUUAUUGGCUGCAAGGAUAUGGUGAAGUAUUGUUCAUUUUAUUCUCUCCUUUUCUGACAAAGUGCUUCCUGGUUUGACAACAAAAAAAAAAGAAACGCACUAAGUUUAAAAUGAAUUCAAAUAAAACUGUGAACAAUGUCUUGGAUAAA